CUUGCCUCUGCUUGUUGGGGGCUCCAAUUCUUUCGUCCACGCCCUGCUUGCGGAACGAUUUCAGCCGGAAGUUGAUGUGUUUUCUGGGUCGAGCUCGGUGAGCCGGGAACUGAGGUAUGAUUGUUGUUUUCUAUGGGUGGAUGUGGCAUUGCCGGUUCUGUGUGAUUAUCUGCGUAAGCGAGUAGACGACAUGCUCGACUCGGGGAUGUUCGAGGAGCUGGCUGGGUUUUACGACCCGGGAAAGGAAGGGUAUCGUUUUGGGAUAAGGAAAGCAAUCGGAGUGCCGGAAUUCGAUCGGUAUUUUCGCAAGUUUCCGCCGUGGGAGAAGGAAGAAAACGGGAGGGUUCCCGAUGAAGAAAGUGAUCCGGUGCGGAGGGAAGCAUACGAGGAGGCUGUGAGGGAGAUAAAGGACAACACGUGUCGACUGGCGAUAAGGCAGAUAGAGAAGCUUUCAAGGUUAAAAGGGGCAGGGUGGAAACUACGGAAACUGGAUGCUACGGCGUCGUUUAGAGCAGUGAUGGCGUCGGGUUCAGAUAAAGAAGAAUGGAGGCAACGAUGGGAAAGGGAAGUGGUGGAGCCAAGCGUGAAGAUUGUGAAGUGUUUCUUGGAGGAGUAGGUUUUCCAGCCGUUUCAGUUUGUUGGACAAUUUUCUGCCUCUCUUCCUCGGCUAAAACCAAUUUUUAGCCCUUCACCUUAUAAAAUUGGUAUGUUUUAACUUCUAAUCUUAUAAUAUGAUACUUUUAACCCUUUAUUUUAUAAAGUUGAUAGAUUUUA